CGCAGCACAGUGCACCAGGCGGGAAAUAUCUGGUGCACUUUGAUGGAAAAUGCUACCAAAGAUUGAUGUGAAGUGUGUAGCAAUACUGAUGCGUAGAGAGGUCAAACCAGCUUAUGUGUUGGGAGUUUGGUAACUGCACUUGACUUUUUCACUGGUGGGCUGCUGGUAGCUGUCACUGGGGUUACUGGGCUAACUGAAAGGUGGUCAAUAUUGGGUUUCACUAUACUGUCAAAGUGUUGUCUGCACAACAUCUAAUGGGUUGUUUCAAAGGUAAGUACAUUUUGGGAUAGUGGAUUUAUUUCAAAGGUAAGUACAAUGUAAGUUACAUAUGAGAAAGUAUGUUUUCUACAUGAAUAAUUGUUUUUUUAAAUAUUAUAUAAUAACAAAACAUAAAUAUUCAUAACUGUUAUCCAAUAUUAUAUAAUAUAUUACGUUUUAUUAUGUAACAUCAUGCCCCCAAAAUGUAUAAAAGGGGCAGAAAAUUUCUCCAGUCCACCCAUUCUUACGAAUGCAACAAGCGAAAUAAUGUCUCGAGAAGCAAGAGCUCUGCAGCUUGGCUUGAGAGAAGGUGAAAGAGAAAUAUUUAUGAAAGAGAUCAUGGAGGAGCCAGGCAAGAAAGGAAGAAGAGAGACCGGCAAACAUCCUGCCAAGAAAGUAGCAAAAGAAGGAGGGACGGGGAAAGGACGCCACCCACUGGCCCAGAUGCACAACCCGACAUACCAAGCACGGUUGAAGGAGGCAAGAAGACAAGAACUGACACUAGCACUGAGGAGGAGCUGUGGGGAUUUAGCAAUCCCCAUGACCACUAAGACAUACCGAGCUGUUGUGGACAUCUCUGACAGUGAGGAGGAGGCGUACCUGGAUGAUGUGGUGGACCAGAUUCUAGAGGAGGAGGAGGAGGAGGUGGAGCUAGGCAAUACUUGUGCCUCUGCUGAGCUGGAGACAGGGGAGACCACCUCCACAGAGGAGCAGCUCCAGACGGAUGACUGUCGGCAACAAAGCUCAAGCACGGAAGAGACUACCGAGGAGGAUGAAGAUGAGAUGGGAGGAGAGGAGUCAUCUCAAGGAGAGGAGUCACCUGCACCAGCAAAGGAUGGCCGAAGAAGGAAGAAGAAGCCUGACCCCCAGCCAGACUCGGAUAACGACCCCAAUCCACCCCAGACCGAUGAUGAGGACUUCCCACCAGACAACCUGGGCUGGACUAGAUCCCUCAGCAAGGUCAAGGUGAAGGACUUCACAGGACCCCAGCAAGGACCCAACUUCCGAAAGAAACGAGACCCUGUGAAGUAUUUCCUGAAAUUCUUCCCACUCAGCCUGUUCCUGCUUAAAUCCACCUGGACCAACACCAACAUGCGGAAGGCUGGCAGCCGACUACUGACAUCAGUGGAAGAGGUGAAGGCUUGGUUCGGUAUACAUAUGGUGAUGGGACUGACAAAGAUUCCGUACUACCAGAACUACUGGUCUUUUGAUCCAGGGUAUUAUAACCGCCUCAUCGCAAGUACAAUGACUCGCCACAGAUUCGACACGAUCACCAAACACCUGGCCUGUGCAGACCCCAACACCAGCCCUGAGAUGAUUGUGGACAAGAUUCAACGGUACCGCCACAUGCGAAGUCAUCCCCUCUACCCGCUCCAGCCUGUAUGGGAUGAAGUCCUGUCCAAUUGCAGGGACAAGUACACCAUGGGCCAGCAUUUGGCUAUCGACGAAGCGAUGAUAAAGUACUCUGGCUUCAAGGCUAAAGUCCGCAAGUUCUUUAUGCCUCUGAAGCCAAUCAGGGCAGGAUUCAAGUUGUACGCCACUGCAGAGUCCUCCACCGGCUACCUAGCCAACUUCAUGCUUCACCCCUACCAGAAGGGCAAGCCUGCCAAAAUGGCCGACAUUGCCAUGGCAGUUGCUUGGCCAUUUUUUGGACUGUACCACAAGAUAUACACCGACAAGCUUUACACGUCGUUGGAGCUGGCCCGACGUCUGCUGGCAGAGAGGACAUACCUGACAGGAGCUGUAAAGCUAGUCAGCAAGGGGCUGCCUGUUGACUUCAGCAGCAACCAGGACAAGAACCCACAUCAUCAUCGAAAGGUGAAGGAGCUGGGCAAGAUGCCUAGAGGCAGUUUCUACACCCGCCAGCUAGGCUAGAUGACCGCCGUGGUGUGGAAGGAUACCAGGGUCCUUCCCCUCCUCAGUUCCUGCCAUCAAGGGUACAGGAACAAGACACGGGACACCCUGCAGAGGAAGAUCAGCCGGAGAGGGCGGCGAGUACAGGAGGCAGUGACGGCACCCAGGCAGGCCAUAGAUUACACCAAGCACAUGGGUGGAGUAGAUCGGGCAGACCAGUUCCGGAGCUACUACACCUGCUCGCGGAAGAGCCAACAGUGGUGGCGGAAGAUCUUAUAUUUCCUCAUCGAUGCGAGCCGAGUUAAUGGCUGGAUCACCUACUGCCAUCACCACACCAAGAAGCAAAUCAGACCAUCCUCCAAGAGAUCCCAUUCGAGCUUUGUGAUGGAUGUGGCCAAGGGGCUGAUUGCGGGCCACUCACGAGGCACAGCCGAACCCCAGUCCAACACCAGAGAGCCCCAGAACCUGCCCAGUCACCGCCGCCAGAAGAUACCGUCAAAGUGGUCUAAGCGAUGCAAGAGGUGCCUAAGAACUGGAAGAAAGAACUCAUCGGGGAACACGCCUGUGACGAGACAUGGAUGCAUGAUGUGCAAUGUUCACCUGUGCGAGGGCCGCUGCUUCCUGGAAUUUCACAACCACUAGUUCCAAAAAUGCUAAAGGCUACAAAAACCAUCUAAACAAAACAGAAAAGAAUGAAAAAGUAGAAGACUGGAAGUUGUAAAUAAUGUAAAUAGUAGGAAGAAAACAUAAAAGAAGAAAUAGACAAACAGAAACCAAUGAAAAGUAAGAAGAGUUUAAUAAUAAAAGCAGACAAAAUGUGUAAAUAAUGUAAAUAAUAGAAGGAAAGUAUAAAACAACAAAAGGAAUAACAGAAAA